UAUCAAACUAAAUUUGAUUGAAACAGCCAUUCAAAUUGGCCAACCCUUUCCAAUCUGUUAUAUAAUCUGAUCUUUGAGGAACUUUUGGAGAUUUUAAUUAAAGAAGAUCAUAACAUUUAUGCUGUUUUAUGCAGGAAUUAUAAAAGUUCAAUUCUUAUUUUCAUAUUGUUAAAUGGGGAUUUGUACAUCAGCUCCAGCUGAAGUUAUAGAGGGUCUUGGAACUGUUAUUUAUGAUCAAGAUGGUAUGAAAAUUAAUCAUCAGAUUAAAUCCGGGUUGUCCAUUCAUUCUAAACGAGGUCGCAAGGCUGUUAAUCAAGAUUCUGCUGUUCUUUGUCAGGGCUAUGGAUCAGGAAAUGUUGUAAUGUGCGGAGUGUUUGAUGGUCAUGGGAGAAAUGGUCAUCUAGUGAGCAAGAUCAUCAGUCGCCGCUUGCCUUUGCUAUUACUUGACAAAAAGAAUGCAGUAUCCGAAGUAAAUGAGAACCAUUAUGACUCUGAGAGUCUUCCUACUAAUUAUGGUAGUUCAAUGCCGAACAACGAGCUCCUUGAAUGGGAAAAGGCAUACAUGAAUGCUUUCAUGGAGAUGGAUGAAGAGAUUAAGAUGGUCAAAAGUGUGGACUCUUCUUUCAGUGGAAGUACUGCUGUAGUUGCUCUCAAACUGGGUGAUGAUCUUGUCAUUGCUAACCUUGGGGAUUCAAGGGCUAUCCUAGGAACAAAAUCAAAAGAUGGAGUUAUAGCUGUUCAAUUAACCACUGAUUUAAAGCCUGAAACGCCCGGUGAAGGUGAUAGAAUAAGAAGUUCCAAGGGUAAGGUGUAUGCAACAGAGGAUGAACCGAGUAUUCCGCGAGCGUGGUUGCCACGUGAUUAUGAUACUUUCGGAAUCACAGUCUCUCGCUGCUUUGGAGACUUUGUUAUGAAAGAGUAUGGCAUAAUCUCAACUCCAGUAAUCACACAUCACCGUAUAACUUCGGACGACCUGUUUAUCCUAGUUGCUAGUGAUGCGUUAUAUGAUGUGCUUAGCAAUGAGGAAGUAGCUUCUGUUGUAUGUGGGGUUGAGCAUGAAGGGACAGCAGCAAAAGCAGUCAUAGAUGCGGCUGUUGAAGCAUGGAAGAACAAGGUUCCGUAUAAUUAUCGCGACGAUUGCACUGUUGUCUGUUACUUCUUUCACAAGGAGGAUCAGACACAAGUCACACGAGCAUAGCAUACCUGGCCAGAUAUUGAAACAUGAGGUCUUUUAAUCUUGAUAACGUACAAAAGUUAUGUCUUGCCAUUUCACUUUAUUACUCAAGUAGAGGACCUUAAUUGAGUAAUAAAGGAAGGGACUCCAAAGACCCCGAUUUGGGCUUGAAAGGAAAGACCAAUUUUUGUAAGAUAGUGUUCUAUUUGACUAAUUUUUACUUUUGUUUUCUGAAUUUAUCUUAUCUUAAUUUAUUUAAAUUUAUUAAAAGCUACUGUAAAAACUUAAUAUAUGUACUUGAUUAGCUCUCACUUUCGUU